AUGAAGCCAAUUUUACUUGAGGGCCGCACUGGUGAAGGUGGAGGCCAGCUCGUCCGUCUUGCUGUGGCGCUGGCAGCAAUCACUUCACAGCCAGUCAAGAUAGCCAACGUGAGAGGCAAUCGGCCAAAAGGUGGAGGCCUCAAGAACCAGCACGUGGCAGCCAUCGGAUGGCUGGCCCAAGUCACCGAAGCGGAUGUUGAAGGUCUCAGCGUCGGCUCAAAAACGGUGACUUUCAUACCCAGACGGCCACCGACAGAGCUACUCCAGCGCAACAUAUCCAUUAGGACUGAAUCGGGGGCUGCGAGUACGAUGCUGGUCCUUCAAGCGAUGCUACCGUUCCUGAUUUUCGCGAGUAACGAUACAGACGAGCCUGUGGCAGUGGAACUUUCGGGAGGCACAAAUGUUGCCUUUUCGCCGAGUUACGAAUACUUUGAUCAAGUGCUGGCGCCCACGCUGGAAGAGCGGUUCGGUGUGAAAAUCGAGCGGGAGCUGAAAGCUCGGGGAUGGAGUCUAGGGCGACAGUCCUGGGGGUCCAUCUCGCUCAAGUUGUAUCCAAUAGCCAAGGGCGAGAAGCUCAAGUAUGUGCCUCCGCCGCAGUACAGCUUCCCAGAGUCGUUUGAGGUGAAGAGCAUCGACAUCAGCAUCAUCACGCCGAUGCAUUCGCAUAACAAGCUUCAAGAGAGCAUAGUAGAAGACAUUGGCGUUCUCUGGCCAGGCGCCGACAUCAACUUCAAAGUAAUCGAGGAUUCAUGCAGCGACAGCCGCUGGUCGGUGCUUCUAGUCGCGCAUUCUGCGGACGGUAUUCGCUGGGCAAGCGACGUUCUCACAUCUGCGCCGAAGAAUAUCAAGGGAUACGAUCGCUUUGUCUCAAUGCUGUCCAAGAAGCUGUGCAAAGGCUUAUAUGAGGAGGUGUCUCUGGGUGGAGUCGUGGAUGAGCAUCUCCAGGACCAGCUGAUCUGCUUCCAGGCGCUCUGCGAUGGCCCAUCGGCGUUUCCCAGGGGAGACGAUGCCGCGCUGGACGGUCCGCUCGGGCCGUUGAUUGACUCGAUGGGGAACCUGCAGCUUGGAGACGGCAAGAUGAGGAGGGAGAAGACGCUGGAGCCCUUUGGCCAUGGCUCGAAGCACGCAAGGACGGCGCGCUGGGUUGUUGGCGAGCUUCUCCCUGGCGCGGAGUUUUACAACAGGGGAGAUUUGGUCAAGGGGAUUGGCUUCUCAGCGCAGUGA